AUGUUUAAAAUUUGGAAGAAAUGUCGCUUUGAUGCUUUAAAACAAAUAGGAACGACAGCAUGUCGUAAUUAUUCAACUCCACAAGAACAAAGUGUUGAUUCUAAACUAAACUUAAUUAAAAAUAUAAAUGGACGCCCUUUAUAUUUAGAUGCUCAGGCUACAACGCCCUUGGAUCCGAGGGUGUUGGAUGCUAUGCUCCCCUUCCUCACCAAUUUUUGGGGAAACCCUCACUCUCGAACUCAUGCAUAUGGUUGGGAAAGCGAGAGAGCCGUGGAAAUUGCUAGAAAGCAUAUCGCCGAUAUUAUUGGUGCAGAUCCCAAGGAAAUUAUAUUUACAUCUGGAGCGACUGAGUCUAAUAAUAUAGCCAUAAAAGGUGUUGCAAGAUUCUAUGGUUCAUCUAAACGGCACGUUGUUACUACACAAACCGAACAUAAAUGUGUGCUAGAUUCAUGUCGAGCAUUAGAAGAAGAGGGUUUUAAAGUCACCUAUCUCCCUGUAAAACCCAAUGGUUUAAUUGAUCUUGAGGAUUUAGAAAAAGCCAUAACACCUGAUACAUCCUUGGUAUCAAUAAUGACAGUUAACAAUGAGAUUGGUGUCAAACAGCCAAUUAAGGAAAUAGGUGAACUCUGCAGGAAGAAAAAAGUUUUUUUCCAUACUGAUGCUGCUCAAGCUGUUGGAAAAAUUCCUUUGGAUGUAGAAGAACAGAAAAUUGACCUCAUGUCCAUAAGUGGUCAUAAAAUUUAUGGUCCUAAAGGAGUUGGAGCCCUUUAUGUUCGCAGACGACCUCGUGUUAGAUUAGAACCACAGAUGAGUGGUGGCGGCCAAGAAAGAGGGCUUCGAAGUGGAACAGUGCCUGCCCCGUUGGCAGUUGGAUUGGGUGAAGCUUGCAGAAUAGGAAUUGAAGAAAUGGAUUAUGAUCAUGCAUAUGUCGAGAAACUUUCCUGCCGGCUUCUCAAUAAAAUUAUGUCAAACUUAACUGAUGUUAUAAGAAAUGGUGACCCAGUACAUUCCUACCCUGGGUGUUUGAAUCUCUCAUUUGCUUUUGUUGAAGGUGAAUCUCUGUUAAUGGCAUUGAAGGAUAUUGCAUUGUCCAGUGGCAGUGCUUGCACUUCAGCCUCUCUUGAACCAUCUUAUGUUCUUAGGGCCAUUGGUACUGAUGAAGACUUAGCACAUUCAUCGAUAAGGUUUGGUUUUGGACGAUUUACCACUAUUGACGAAGUAGAUUACACUGCUGAAAGAUGUAUAUAUCAUGUUAAGAGGUUAAGAGAAAUGAGUCCACUGUGGGAAAUGGUUCAAGAAGGUAUUGAUCUGAAGAGCAUUAAAUGGUCACAGCAUUAA